CGCUGACACUUCAGUUGGCACUUGGCUCUGUUUCCGAAGGUAGUGUGGCAUCUGGGGUUGCUCCACUCACACUCUCUCCCUCCCUUCGCUUGACCGAGGUCGCGGUGUUCAGUGUGCGAUGACACCCCGUUGCCCUUCCUGUGUAUAACGCGUUAAUAUAUUCUAUGAAUCGCCGUAACUAGGUGUGCAGGAGAAGGAAUAUCAGUUGUAGGGAUAUCUAUAUAUUUAUAAAUUUGUUUAAAACAAGUGUCGGCAAGUAUAAUCCUGUGAUGAGACAAGAAUCUUAACUGUGCUGCACAACGCAAUGAGCUCAACGUUUUAACUGUGUGAAAAAGAGCGACCGGCCAUGUCGAGCGGCGCGGGCGUGCAGCUACGGCUCUCGCUGUGGCGGCACUGGCUCUCGCAUCUGCGCCAGUGGCCAUGGAUUGUGAGUAUCCUAGUAGUAGCAGUACUGCCUUUCCUCCUGCUGGUGCUGCUGAAGAUGACUGUCCCGCCUAUUCAAGAGGACACGUGCCACUUCCUGUCGCGUUCGGUGUCGAGCAGGUCUUCGCUGGUGCUCAUGCAGUCGUUCGUGUGCAGUCUGCCUAACAACUGCCACGAGACUUCCAAUGACGACACAGUGGACUACUUUCCAGGGGCAGCGAUAAAUUCCCUGCUCAACGACACGUCCUGGAUGGAGGCGGCGGGCGAGAGCAAGGGCGGGAUGCUCGGGAUGCUGUCGUCUGUCCCCACGAGCAUCUCCCGCCUCACCAUGCUCGCGGAUCUGCUCAAAAACCCUUUGCUCAGGGAUCUUAUGGAAAACGGGUUAUCGGUGAGCGACGUGAUACAUUCCCCGGGGAAACUCAACGAAACUCUCGUCACGGAGUUUGAUUUCGAUCCUGCCGUUGUGUCUGCCAUCUUGGGCGCCAGGAUCAACAUGUCUAGGGUGAUGUCCCUGAUCGGCUACCGCGACGUCUAUAGCGUGGUGUGUUCGCCGGAGCAGCUCGGGCAGUUCCUCGUCACGCACGCCAGCCAAGACGUGGCCAGCAUCUCCGCCUCCCUCUGCAGCCUCUCCCCCAACAUCACCGCCAACAUCACGAGGGUUUUUACCAACGCUCUGGAUGCGAUGGGUCUGUUUAACAAGGUUUCGGAUGUCCUCGGCGCCAUCGGAGGCUACGAGGCAGAGUCGCUCGUGCAGCAGCUGGGGGCGAUGCUGGCUUCCUUAGGGCGUCUGGAGUCCCUCGCGCCCCUCGCCUCCACCUUCAGUAGCCUUAGUCACGCCCUGCAGCCCAUUACCUCUGCUAUUACGGAGCUCACGGACGCGGGAUGGACGAUGGAGAGUAUGAAGAACUUGAUAAGCGUUCUCGAAGGCCUCGUGGCGGACCCCCAACUCACCUCUCUCGGCGCGCGGCUACUGCAGAACGUGGAGAACCUCACCUCCCAAGUGAACACGGACGUGCCUGACCCAUGGAAAAACAUCUUGAUCAGAGCAGGAGAAGUGAUCGACACCACAGGGCAUGAGGUGAUGGAGGUGACGGAGGCUCUGAAGGAGGACUUCACCGCGCAGACGGCCCUUGCGCUGGUCACCUCCCUCCUGCCCGCCGUCAUGGGGCCCGAGACUCCGAAUGUCACGAGCCUGGGCGCCGCCGUGGACGACGCCCAGCAGCGCCUCCCGGCUGAAGCGCAGAGGCACGUGGUCAGCGCGCUCGCCUCUGCGCAGUUGCUCGCCGCCCUCUACACCAACGCGACCCGAGCUACCAGUAUUCUGGUCCCGUGGGUUAUAUCCAACCCCCCAGCAGUGAAUUAUGGGUUAGUGGCAACCUUCUCUAACCACACUUUACUCCAGAAAAUGAUAUCGGAAAACACCCUUUCGAUGUGGGUGUGCAGCCGAGAGUCCUGGGCUGACCUGUCUGACGCGGGCUGGCAGAGCCUCUCCGCGCAGAUGUGCUCUGACUCGGGCCGUAAAAAUCUGCAAGAAUUAAGGGAGCUCAUCAACCCGUAUUUUGAUCCAGACUUCAUUAAGAAUGAGCUCCCCAGAUCCUCGGUAAACGGAACCGCUGUCGUUGAGGAAUUCUGGAAAUCGUAUGAGGCCAGUCAAGCCCUCAAUUCCAUGAUGACGUCAUACAUUACGUCAGUCAGGAGGAAGAGGUCACUGGGGGGCCUCGGCGCCGCGCAGUCUGAGAUGCCCGCAGCGCCGCCGGAGGUCAUCCGAGAGCUGAAGGACGCCGCCAGGAUGACCCGACGCCUGCUCAAGAAUGUGUUAACAGCCUACUCCGACCUUCUGAAGUCUGAACUCGAGAAAAACGAGACAUCCUUCACCUCGCUGCCGCGCCACAUCAAGGUCCUCCUCGACCCGAACACCAUGAUGCACGUUGCAGAUGCGACCUCGUCUGUAGUAGAGGUCAUGAUUCAGCUGAUCGAGGUGACCUCCUCCCCUUGGAAGGUCAUUGACCUUGUACUCCAUCCUGCUGUGGAAGGUCUGCUUCAGGAGGUCUUGCCUACUGCUGCAUUGGAUGUGGUACAGAGCAUCCUUGACUUCAUGGAGAACAAUACGAUAAGUGUACCUGCGCCUGUACCACAGAUCGUGCAGGUACUCAACGCUAGCCAAGCUCUUCUCACUAAGGUCAAAGACACGUCGUCGCCGUGGGGGGAGAUGCAGCGCAGUCUGCCUUACUCUGCCGGUCUGCUGAGGCAAGCGGGGAUCCUGCCGAGGCUGCUCGCUCUGCCUUACCUCUGGCUGCUCGAGGGGGUCCCUCAGGACGCCAUCACGCUCCUUAGCAACGCGACAGCCUGGCGGACGUACCCCUGCGGCGAGACAUCCUUGGCGACCUUCUUCCCCGCGUCCCCCGAGGGCUUGCCUACGACCUGGGCCUCCCUUGACCGCAUCAAGGCCGAGGUCAGGCAGGUCGAGGACUACCUCUGCCACAACUACAGCGUCAUCGUCAGUGAGGUCGCUUCGGAUGCUAAAUUGACGAAUAGUGUCAGAGCUUUGGUGGAGGACAUGAGACCAGGUGCCAUCGAGAUCAGCGGCACCAUCGAGCUCCUGCAGACGCUCCCCGACCUGGUCAUGUCUCUGGAUCUGAGCCAGCUGCUGCAGGAGGUGACCACGCCCGGAGGAGUUUCUCUUCAACAGGAGUUCGCCGAUUCUUUCGCUGGGAAUUUCCCUCGAGAUGAUACUGGCAGCGUGCUGGUGGCCCUGCUGGACAAGGCCCUGCGGCACCUGGCUGCGGACGCCCGGACGGCCGCUGCGGUGAGCAGCAUCCGCCUGGGAAUGUCCCACGCGCAGGCGAUCGCGAGGGAGCUCACGACGAUGCUUGAAGCUAAAGUGACUCUCGCCGCGAUUCUCGGAGUUCCGGACGACUAUCCUCCGCUCGCCCUUCUUCAGGAGGAUCCCGCCGGCACUGCCUCCUUCCUGGUGGACGAAAUUGCUUCCCUCGCCAUGUCAGUCCUCUUGAACAACAAAGUCGACUUCGAGUGGGUGGGCGGAUUGUGCAACAGGAGCAAGGGCGUGAGCAGCGUCGUUCAGCUCGCGUGUUUCUUCCUGGACAACCCACAGCCGCCAGUGAUGCACUCAAACCUCACCGCCAUCAUCACUACAGCUGUGGAGAGCUUCGCGAACCCGAAUGGAGUCGUCCCGCAGGUGGAGACGAAGGACGUGCUUGAUAGUAUAGCUCUGAUGGUGGACCGUCUGAGAGGCUUUGAUGUGAACCGCGUCUUGGACUUGGGUUUGGUGAAUGCCUUCUUUAACGCAUCCAUGACGGAACUGGAGGUGUUCAAGGCGGAACUUCUUGACCUGCAGAAGCAGUGGCUCUGGAAGGCUGCCGACGCGGCUGUGUCGCAGAAUAAGAACGUGUCUGAGGUGGCAAGGAAGGCUGGCGUCGUUCUCACAUACAUCCUGCAGUGGCUGCCCGCCUCGCCAGAUAACGUAAGCUCGUUAAUCCCCGAACCUCUGCUGAACCUCCACCACCUCCUCAAUACCACCUGGAUAGACCUCCUGGACGGAUUCCAUCAUAACCUCAUGCUCAACCCCGGCCUCGUCAACCUCUCUCUGCCAGAAAUUUGUUCCUCGGCCUCUAACCUCCAGGAGCCAUCAGGAGGAGCUGGAAAUUUCCUGGGAACAGUUGAGAGUCUCUGCCAGCUGGUCUCGGAUCUCGCUGCGGAAGACUGGCUGCAGAUGAGUCAGCUGUUGAGUGAUUUAGAGACUGACGGAGGGAAUGCACAGCCAAGGUCCUCGAAUACAAGAGGACCUAAUAGCCAACAGUCGGUGACCAGGGGAAUCUACGACCUUGGCCAGGAAGUGUUCGAUCGCCUGCGCGCCGGGCUGGAGGGGGCGGGUCAGUCGGUGGCGUCCGAUUUCUUGCUCCAACUGCAGUCGUAUCUGAGCUGGGGAAACUGGGAGGAACUCUUGGCGAGAAUUCAGGCGAGGAAGGAAAAUAGCACGCUAUCGGACCUGAUGCCCCCGCUGGAGAUGCUGCUGCGAGGGCUGGAGGGCGCCACGGACCCCAACGCCCCCUCGCACGUCAUCAGGGCCGUGUCGUUGAAGGUCGCGCUCGGCCGGUGCUUGCUCGCUGACAACAUCCGGGAUCUUCUGGCCGGGACUUCAACCCUGCGAAGCAUGGCGGAGGCGAUGACGUCACAGCUGCCGUAUGCCCUGAGGGACGUGGUGGUCGCCGUGGCACAGGAACCCAAGGAGGUGGCCAAAGUGAUCGAGUCCCUCAGCAAAGACUCGUGGGCCUCCGUCUGCCAGAAGGACCUCGAGAAAUUUGGCCAGUCUCUUCAAGGUUUUAAGGAGAGCGUCUGCCAAGUGAACCCUCAGGCAAUCGCUGGCGACUUCAAUAAGCUUUUGAAAAUUGACGUCCUUCAGGGUUUCACACCAAUAAAUCUCGAAGAGGUUCUCAACGCGAGCCUGAAUUUGGCGGGGGAUUUGAAAAGACAAGCAUCACUCCUUCAGAAAUUCGAAGACCCGGUGACCUACCUGGGGUUGGGUACGUGGCUCAACAUCCACAGCCUUGUGUUUAAUGUUACGGCGGACGAGAUGUGGGAAAAUAGCACCAUGAUCAUAGCGACCGCACUAGGACCCCUCGUGAACCUGAGCUUCGAGUUGAGCCCGGAGGAAACGGAGGGCUUGAGAAAGGUCCUGGCAGAGGCUGGGAGGUACUUGAAGGGCAUCAAGUUCUAUUUGGCACUGGCUCGGGGCGGGGACACGUGGCAGUUCAUUAGGGAGGUAUACGUGGACAAACCUGUGGUGGUCAAAUUCUUCGACAUAGUAGAGAAACUUCCCGACUUCUUAUACGAACAUGGCAUGUUCUACGGAAACUUCACUGUGAUGUCUCAAGUCAUACAGCUGGGCAGUGACACGCCUUGCAACCUGCUUUUUUUCCUGCUGGACGGAUACCGAGACCUCAUGAAGAACGAAAGCGCUGCCCUGCUGAGGGAGGUGUUCCAGUUCGUGUGUGACGCUCAGCAGUUAUCGCUUCUGCAAUCUCAGCUUAUUCCCACCACUCCCCCGGUCAUUGCGAACGUCACCAUGGAAGUCGACGCAGCUACCCUGGGGCUCCUCGUAGACCACGUGGCCUGGGACGUCGUGAAGAUCGGCCAGGGAAGGUUCUUUGAGGGUGACGUACAGCUCCCCCUCUGGCUCCAAAGGCAGAGCUGGGAGAAGGUCCUGCUCAUGCUGGAACAUUACCAAAAAGAGACAACCAUCCAGGAUGUGGUCGUGCUGUUGGCCGGCCUCGGACUGGACGCGGCGCGGCUUCGUCUGGACCAGCAGUACAUCGUCCCUGCUGCCGGCCUGGUGUUUAACCUUGCUUCCCGCUUCGUCGCCGCUGUCGAUGAAACCACCGGGGAGCUCGACUUGGAGGUGUUCACAGAAGGUUUGGGUUCUGUGACGAAUCUGCAGCAGAAGGUGGUUCCGAUGCUGGCUGAUCUCGUGGCUCUCGCUCUGUGGUUCCCGGAGUCUAAAAUGUACUACGGCCUGCUGUCAGGUGUUCCCCCGAUGGAGCUGUAUGAAAACAUGUGCAAAGGGGAUGUUAAGGAAUACCUGUUGCACCCGAGCCUGAGUGAAGCGAGGUGGCAGACCGUCCAAGAGCUCCUGUGCACAACGAACUCCGACGACCUCCAGAACGACCUUGCGCCCCUCUUCAAUACGACGCCCAUCGUGGACGGCAUCGCAGUGAAUUGGGCGCUUGUGGGCUCGAAGCUGGAGAAAGCCAUAUGGAGGUUUAAUGUGGAAAAACUUGCCUUUCUGAACGUGUUGGACGGGAAUCCUUACUUUCAAUCGCUGGAGAACAUCACAGCAGGACUGGCUCGAGGCCUCGUCAUGGCCACAGCAUCCGUGGUUCCUUUGGUGAAACAGGGGCCCACCUACGAAAUGCAGCGCUAUGCCGAGGUUCUCAUCUCCAUCAUGGUGGCGUUAGAACCCAUUUCCAAGCCAGGCUCCCCGAGGUUGUCCGAGCGUCUGCAGGACCCAGACCAGAUGCAGGCCCUGUUGCAGGAAUACACGCAUGCGAUGCAGAACUUCAGCGCCAGGAGAGCAGAACUACAGCUGCAGUACCAACUGCACAUGGGGUCGGUCCUCGUCGACGGCGUGGAAGCAGCUGACGUCAUACUGUCCCAGGAGAGUGCCAUAAGGAACGCCAGCCUCGCAGACCUCUUGGCCGAUUUCAGGACCUCUGUUAUGGCGGCAUCAGGGAACCUCGUGCCGGGAGAUUUGGCCUUCUUGCCCUCUUUCCCGACCUUUGUCUCCAAAGUGAUGGAAAAUGCGAUGGCGAAUUGGGCUACUGUGGUCAGAAUAGCCGAAGAACCUCUGUGUGAGAGCAUGGCGUCAACGGAACAGGCCAUGUCCAGUGUGCGCUUUGGCUCCGUCCUGCUGGUGAAGGUCCGCCGGCACCUGGCUCUCUGGGACCAGUAUGUGGACUUCAUUUGUGACAUCGACGCCAGUGACCUCGACGACCUCCUGACCCAAGCGAUGGAGGAGUUCGGAUGGCCCGAAGAUGUUGCUCAAGUGUCGGGAGAGAAAUAUAUGACAAACACUUCCCUUGACUGCCCUUUCGUCUUCAAUCAGUCGAGACUCCUCCGCCAAGAGGUGGACGCCCUCGUGACGCGGUACAUCCAGGACGAGGCAGCAAGGGCGCGUUUGCAGAGUUGUGUGAAGGACGCUGUCAACUCCACCGCCUGGCUGCAGCUCAGAGGGCUAAUAAAGGCAGCAGGCGACGUCAUGGCUCUGGGCCCCAUCGGCAACCUGACGACGGCGCUCACCACGGCGCUCUCCAAACUCUCGGCCUCGUCGUCGACCCUGAGGGCGCUCAACUCCAGGCUGGCCGUCCGCGUCCCCUUCGCCAGCAUCCUCGUCAGGGACUUCGAGGAAGAGCUCAACAUGAGUGCUAAGAUCGUGGCCAUGAUUAAGAACGAUCUCUUGGUGGACGUUAACCGGAUCUACGGGACAGACUCGCACACCCUGGCAGCUCUUCUCACAUCCGUGGAUAACCUGAAGAAAGUAAUACGGAAAAGAGGCGAAACAGGGACCAGCGGAAUAGCCAAGAGAAACACUGAUGACAUGGAAGAGCUGUUCCAGGCCAUUCAAGCCAUGGGCGCUGACGUAUUCUCGGAGAGAAUUCUUCAGAAUGUUAAUCACACCUAUUUGUUGGCUGAGAUUGACAGACUAAGAAUUGAGGCGCUCUUGACAUCCGACUGGCUGGCUCCAGUGACCACGUAUAUGACGGAUGCCGUGUCAAGCUUAUCAGAUCUGAGUGAGCUUGGAGCUGUUAUGGACAUCAGCAAGAUAAUUUCUGGCGAAGUAGACCCCGUCAGUUUCCUAACAGGGUCGGUACAGCUGUUGCAGAUGAAGAUGUGGGAAAAUCUCGGAAACAGCUUCCUGGGCAUCCUGAGGCAGGGCGCGGAUAUCAUAGCGGGGUCGAAACUGGAGGACGACCUCAUGCAAGUGGUCAAGGGCAUUACGGGCCUGCAAGCUGCUAGCAACCUCGGCACUAUGGACUUCACUAUCCCCACCACGGCCUUGAUCACCAACUGGACGGCCAUGGCGAAGUACCUGACGGAGGAACUGGAUGUAGAGGAGCUUGUGGUUGAGGCUCUCAGUCGCUCGGAACUGAAUCUAAUGGCGGUCCUUUCCCUGGAGGACGUGACCCUAGAAGAGGUCAUCUGCGAGGCCAGCCAGGUCAUCCGCGUGGUGACCCUGGCCGCGGACAGCCCCGUGACCCCGGCCAACCUAAGUGCCUCCCUCUGCCACGCCAGCGACGCCGAGGCCCUGGCGGCGACGUUCCUGCAGCACCUCGACCUCGGGCCUCUCAUCCAAACGCUGACGAAGUUCGGCAUCAACGCCACCCUUGCCUCCCGGGGAACGAGCCUCGACCAGCUCGUCAAGGACAUGGCGGCGCUGAGCACGAUGUCCAAGAGUCUGCCCAACAUGGCCUCCACCUUCAGCGCCCUCCACGGUAUCAUGAAGACCCUCAGGCAGGACGCGGCGGAGCUGAAUCAGCAGGAAAGCCAUGCUGCUCUCCUCGGCAACAGCACGACGGGAUCGGUGCUGGGUGAUCUGUCAUCCCCGAAAUUCCUGGAGCGAGCCGGCGAGGUGCUGUGCGGGCGGCCUCUGCGCCUCGUGCCCGAUACCCUGGGCGUGCUCUUCGCCGACGAGAAGAAGAAACCGCGGCGGCCAAGCAACACGAGCGACAUCUGCACCAGACUGUACGACGAACUGGAGGCGCUGCCGGGGGGGAAGCUCAUCCUGCACUUCGUCAAGCCGCUUCUCAUUGGCAAGAUUUACUUCACGCCCGAUAACGCCAUCACGCGCAAGAUUAUCGAGCAGGCCAACGAGACCUUCGUCAGCGUAGCGAGCCAGAGGGCGGCUCUCAGGCAGCUUCGGGAAGGCACGCGGAACCUUACUGCUCUCAACUUUAAGUCUGAGGACCUCCAGAAACUGGAGGAGGCGCUGUCGAUGCCCUGGGUGAAGGGGAUAAUGGCGCAGUUCCUUCCGGAGGCUUUGGCUCUUCAGGCAGACGGCGACCUUGACGAAGUCGCUCCUCGCCUUCAGGACGCCAUCAACUUGGUGACGGAGUUCCCCGAUAUUCUGGACAUCGGGGAGAAGCUGAUGUCCUGCAUGAAUCUGCAAAGGUUCCAGGCCGUUGCCAGCGAAGACGAUAUGCUCAGGGAAGCUAACUUGGUGGUCGACACGUUCGGGUUCCUUGCGGGCGUUGUGUUCGAAGGCGUAGGAAAGACGGGAGACACUGACGAGACGGUUCCUGCAAAACUCAAGUACGCCAUACGAGUUGACUACGAGAAAACUCCGUCGACUUUCAACUUAGGGCCAAGGUACUGGCGGCCAGGACCUUAUUCCAACAUGGCGGUGCACAUGCGGUACCAUCAGGGAUUCCUUCUGCUGCAGGAGAUGAUGGACAGCGCCAUCCUCAGACUGCAGUACUGGACCAACAAUCCUCAGGACGCAGAGUCGGUGCCAAGGGCGAAGAGGCAGGCAACAGCGACGAGUGUGAGCGACGAAGAGAGAGACAUGUUGCUGAAUCUUCCCGUGUACACCAAGCAACAGCCGUACCCUUGCUACGAAAAGGAUGAGUUCCUCGUGAUGAUGAACGAAUCCCCUGUGAUGAGUCUGGUCUUUUCCUUCGUGGUCUUUACCGUCUACGUCGUGUUCCUGAUUCGACACCUCAUCCAGGAACGGCAGUCCAGGAACAAACAGGUGCAGGAGGUGAUGGGGCUGCGCGCGUGGGUUGACCUGCUCGCCUGGCUGUUCUUCUCGGUGCUGCUGCUGCUGGUUCUGCUGCUGGUCCUGGCGCUGCUGAUCAAGCUGGGCAACCUCCAGCCCAAAGCGGAGUUCGGCGUCCUGCUUGCCUUCCUGCUGAGCUACGGUGUCAGCAUCGUGUCCUUCUGUUACCUGGUGUCCUGCGUCGUCCCCGGAGCUAUCCUGGGCGUGUUCGUGGGCGUGAUGGCUCUGCUGGUGUUCAACGUCCCCUUCAUAAGCAUCUCCGUCGUGCACGCCCACACGCCCUUGUACACCAUGCUCAUUUCGUGUUUGCUGCCCCCAUCGGCCUUUGGCUUCGGCUUCCGCGUAAUCUGCCAGUACGAAUUACUUCAAACCGGAGCGACGUUUGCCAACCUGUGGACGCCGCCACUCAGAGACACAGAUAUGACUCUGGGACUGGCCAUUGUGAUGCUGCUGGCGGACACUCUCAUCUUCUUCGUGUUGGCUGUCAUCAUCUCCAUCCUAAAGAACGGCACUCUCCGGUCCCUGGCGACGGGGGGGCGUCCGCCGCUGCUCCACCAAGCCUCCUUCUCGGACAAGGCCUCCCUCAAACGCUCCAACGAUUUCACUUUCAACAUCUUCCAUGAGGACACAGUCCACCCCUUGGACGUCGACCCCGGCCUCAAGCAGAGCUUCAAGAAGGGCCUCAGCAUCGUGGGUCUCCGAAGGAUCUACGAGAACCGCGGCGCCUCCAAGGUGGCCGUCGACAACCUCAACCUCGAGCUGUACGAGGGCCAGAUCAUGGCACUCCUCGGCCACAACGGCGCUGGAAAAACAACAGUCAUCUCGAUGAUCACUCGGGAGCUGCGCCAGACCGCGGGCAACAUCUCAGUGUACGGCCACGAUAUCCGCACCUCCUGGGACAAGGCCAGGAAGCUGAUGGGAAUGUGCCCCCAGAAGGCCGUCCUGUUCCCGCUCAUGACGGUGCGGGAGACGCUCGCCUAUUACACCCGGUUGAAGGGCACCGCAGCCGACCAGACCGACGCGGAAGUCAACUCGACGCUGAUCAACAUGGGCUUAUACGACCACCGCGACCACCUCGGCCGCCAGCUGUCGGAGGGUCUGCGUCGGCGGCUGUGCAUGUCCAUCGCCUUCGUCGGGGGGUCCAAGAUGGUCAUCCUGGACGAGCCGACGUCGGGAGUCGACCCAGCGGCGAGGGCGGCCAUGUGGGAGGUGAUCAGCAACCACCGCAGCGGGAGGACCAUUCUGCUGACCACGCAUCACCUGGACGAAGCGGAGACCCUGGCUGACCGCGUGGCCAUCUUGCAUCAGGGGAGACUGCUGUGUGUCGGGUCGCCCCUCGCCCUCAAGUCCGAGUACGGGUCCGGCUACAGCAUCACGCUCAGCAACAGGCGCGUCUAUGAUGAGACGGAGGACGGGCAGUACAAGGGAAAGCCUGGCAAAGAUGGGUCUUUCCUGCCCUUGGACGUCACUUUCCAGUUUGUGAAGACCGACGUUGUGCUUGAACUGGCGAAGAAGUAUGCUCCGAACGCUCGCCUUCUGGAAGCUGUCAACGCCGAGGUCACGUACUCAAUCCCCAUGACGGAUGGCCAAGGGAACGAGAACAGGUUGCCCGAACUGUUCGGCGAGCUGGAGGGCAAGCUGGAGGAGCUGGGGUUCGCGUCCAUGGAGAUCCGACCCACCAACCUCGAGGACGUCAUCAUCGCCCUCAACGCCAUCAACGCCAUCGAGGCCGAGAGUCUAGCGCAGUCCAAGGCGUCCCUCGAGGACGAACCCCAGAAAGAGGAGGACCUGCGUGACCUGUUCAACUUCCGGCCUCUGGCUCCUCGCACCGGCGUCAGGCUGUCCUUCCAGCGGUUGCUGGCCCUUCUGUUCAAGCGCCUCCUCCACCACGGCCGGGACCUGGUCUUCUACAUCCAGAUGUUUGUGUUGCCGUUAGUGUUCAUCUGCCUGGCCAUGUUGGGGUCCUGGUGCCGACCCGCCUUCGAGACCACUGCGCCCCUGGAAAUGAGUCCACACAUAUACUCUGCGCCGUCCACCUCCUUCGUCAGGCAACUGGACCGAACCUUUGAACCCUUGGCAGAGGAGUUCCUUCGGCUGACCCUGGGCACCAGCGAUGGCACGGGGCAGUGGUCCACAUGCCCUUCAAGCGUGGCCAACACCAACCCUGGUUUACCGCACUGUAAUAUGUCAGGCGAUACAACGCAGUCCUUGUGCAGAUGCAAUGAUGACGUAUGCUCCGUGGACGUCACCAACCAGCCCAGCCUCAACGACUGGAUCUUAGGAACACGAUGGCAACAUGUUCAAAACAGGUACGGAGGUCUGAGCCUCGGCGUGGAGGACCCCCGCUCCCCCACCAGCAGCCCCGGAGUCACGGUGUGGUACGACAACUCCGGCUACCACGCCCUCCCCGCCUACCUCAACGCCCUCACGAACGCCCGCCUCAGCAGACUUCUCGGGGACCAGUACGAGGUCACCACAGUCAACAACCCGGUCAAGUUCUCCAAAUACGGGUUGAACAGCAUCUCAUUGCAGCAGCACGUAGCGGACCUCGGGAUAGGCCUCCUGAUUCUGGUGGCGCUGACGGUGGUCUGCUCGAGUACCGCCGGGUACGUGGUGGGCGAGCGAGCCAGGGACGAGCGGCGAGUCCUCUACGUUGCCGGCGUGUCGAGGAACACCUACUGGCUCGCCAACAUGAUCUGGGACGUCUCGAUUCUGCUGCUCAACAUCUUCCUCACCGUGGUUGUCCUUGUCAUCUUCAACCAGCAACAGUUCGUGACCCACAGCAACCUGGGCGCCUUCUUCCUUCUAGCUCUGUUGUACGGGUUGAGCAUCCUGCCGAUCUUCUACCUGACGGAGGGCCUCUUCCGGACGGAAACCGCUGCCGUGUUCUCCUUCUUCUGCGGCACCUUCAGCGUCGGUCUAAUCUCUACCCUUCUCCUCAUCGUGUGUGAGGUCUACACUUGGGUCAAGGAGCUCAAGUAUGACAUAGGAUCCAGUUUUCUUGUCCUGGACGAGAUGGAGAACGUGAUCAAGUACCUGUUCUUGAUUUUCCCGCCGUUCACCUUCGCUUGCGGGAUCAAGAGCCUCUCUGUGUCCUACACCAAGGCUUCCAUCAUGGCGCGCUUUGGCAUCGACAUCUACACGUCGCCCUUCUCGUGGGAUCCGUCGAUGCAGGGCGGGCUGGGCAUCCACUAUUUAGCCCUGGCCAUUUGGGUGGUGGUGGGCGUGGUCUUGCUGCACGGGUGGAACGCCUGCGUGGAGCCGCUGUCACGCCCCGCCCCCUCCGCCCCGAAGGCGACGGCGGGAGCAGAGGAAGACAAGGACGUGGCUGCAGAGAGAAUCAAGAUUCAGUGUGGCGGAGCGUCGCUGUACGACACGGUCCUGCGGAUGGUGGGUCUGGGCCGCGACUUCGCCUCGCCGCCCACCUCGGCCGUCAGCAGCCUCUACCUGGCUCUGAAGAGGGGCGAGUGCUUCAGCCUCUUGGGUCUCAACGGCGCGGGCAAGACGACCACCUUCCGCUGUCUGACGGGGGACCUGCGACCCUCCCGCGGCCAGAUCCUGAUCAACGGCAUCGUCCUGAACGAGGCCCUGUCCCUGCCUCGCCCCGUGAUGAGCUACUGCCCUCAGAACGACCCCCUGGACCCCAACAUCACCCCCCGCGAGGCGCUCUUCAUUAUGGCUCUCGUCAGGGGCUUCCGGGAUGAUGAGCUCGUGGAGAACGUGGAUCGCGCCAUCAAGCAACUCGGGCUGAGCAAUCACGAGCACAACUACAUUAGAUACUUGUCAGGGGGCACCAUGAGGAAGGUUUCCCUCGCCCUGGCACUUAUCGGCAACCCCCCUCUAGUGCUGCUGGACGAACCUACCACGGGGAUGGACCCAGCCUCUCGACGAAUAGUGUGGCGCGCAGUGCAAAGCGUGACCCAGGAUGGGCGCACCGUGCUGCUCACUUCGCACUCCAUGGACGAGGUCAACCACCUUUCGCACCGAAUGGCCAUCAUGGUCAAUGGGUAUCUUGUGUGUAUGGGUUCACCGCAUUACCUCAAAUACAAACUCGGUGACAAGUACACGAUACGCAUCAAAGCCAAAGACAUAGAAGACUUGCCCGUCAUCGUUGAUUAUUUAAGAGGACACUUUAAUGAAGUUCUGCUCAAGGAGCAGCAUCACCUGUCACUGGUGGCGGAGGUGAGUCGCCGGCUGCCGCUCAGACUCAUCUUCGACGCCCUCAACUCCGCUAAGUUGGUUGGGGUCACCGAGUACGACGUCUCGCAGACCACACUCAACGAGGUGUUCCGGCUGCUGACGUCUCACCAGGGCGACGGACAGGUCCCUCCGUCCCCGACCGACACGGAAGCAGACCAGACGAGUGUCCCCAUGCACCUGUCCAACCUUUCUCCCGCCGGGGUAAACGUUCCUGACAGCACAUUCCAAUCCCCCAGCCGUUCUCCUUACCUGUCGCCGGAGCCCACCCUCACGCCGGAUGGACGCCGGAGCAUGUACGACAACGUGGAGGACGGCCGAGUGGAGACCUACGCCACCGUGGGGCGUCUCAGUGCCAAGAAGGCCCCGACCCCUGAAGUGACUGCUUUGGGGAGGGACUCGCCCACCUCGCAGGCCAGCACAGCCGACGAAAGCCCCGAGGAGGAAUGGACGCACCUCUAGAGCGUCGAGGUCGCUGUGCUGAGUGAAGCGGGGACCGCACAGCAGCGUGAGCGAGUGCCACAUGGUGUGAGGACAGCGAUGAGGACGAAGUGCAGAAUAUAGAAUACAAAGUUUUUCUUUAGAAAAUCUGGAUCAUUCAUGCGAUUUCCCUUAAUGUUCAUUUUUGGACCGAACUGUGACUAGAAUGCCAAAUGAAUGUGCAGUAACGAUUUUCUGUUAUUUAUAAUGGUUGUUCUCCAUGUCAUAUUCAUCCAUUACGGUCAUCACAGUUUUUCGUAAGUGUAAGCCCUUCAGGAACGUAACACCCGACCCACGAACGCACUCAUACUUUUAAGGGAUCGUACUGAGUAAGGCAUUAC